AUGGCCAUAGGGUCUCUGCUGCUUCAACAACACCAUCACCAAUUCGCAUUCCUCCGCCAUACCUGCGGCGUCUCCCCUCUUCCCGUCUCUGUGUCCUCCUUUGCCAAUUCUUCCGCCGCCGCCUCGCUGCCCUCGUCCUCUUGCCUCCUCCCGAUUGCCUUCCUGCGCCGAUUGGCAUCUUCUGCCUCCUCCACAUCCGCCGCCGCCGCUGCCUCUGCCUCGUCUGCUGCUGCUUCCGUCUUCUCUCCUCAUAAGCCCAAACCUAAUCACCAUCUGCAUCAACAACGACCGAAGCGGAAACCGCAAUCCCAGCCGCCGCCUUACCCUCCGCCGCUGCCCUACCACCGGUUAAGGUCCCUAGCACCCACACCCGACACGCUGGCUCAGAAGAUCGGGAAAUCUAUUCGGCGCCCUGGCGCGCCUUCUAAGGCUAGGGUUUAUGCCGAUGUUAACGUUAUCCGGCCUAAGGAGUACUGGGACUAUGAGACGCUUACCGUUCUGUGGGGGGAACAAGAUGAUUAUGAGGUGGUGAGGAAGGUUGGCAGAGGAAAAUACAGUGAGGUUUUUGAAGGUGUUCAUUGCACUGAUAAUGAGAAAUGUAUCAUUAAGAUACUUAAGCCUGUUAAGAAGAAGAAGAUUAAGAGGGAGAUCAAAAUACUGCAGAAUCUUUGUGGGGGCACUAACAUAGUGAAGUUGCUUGAUAUUGUUAGAGAUCAGCAAUCAAAGACACCAAGUCUUAUAUUUGAAUAUGUGAAUAACACUGAUUUUAAAGUACUUUACCCAACACUUCAGGACUAUGACAUUCGAUACUACAUCUACGAACUUUUAAAGGCGCUCGAUUAUUGCCAUUCACAAGGUAUUAUGCAUCGUGAUGUCAAGCCCCACAAUGUAAUGAUUGAUCAUGAGCAGAAGAAACUCCGUCUCAUAGAUUGGGGCCUUGCAGAGUUCUAUCAUCCUGGGAAAGAAUAUAAUGUCCGUGUGGCUUCAAGGUACUUCAAAGGCCCUGAGCUUCUUGUUGAUUUGCAAGACUAUGACUACUCGUUGGAUUUGUGGAGUCUUGGUUGUAUGUUUGCUGGAAUGAUAUUCCGCAAGGAGCCAUUCUUUUAUGGUCAUGAUAAUUAUGAUCAAUUGGUCAAGAUAGCAAAGAUCUUGGGAACAGAUGAAUUGAAUGCAUAUUUGAGCAAGUACCGCAUAGAUAUUGAUCCACAUCUUUCUGCCCUUGUUGGGAGGCAUGGACGGAAACCAUGGACGAAAUUCAUCAACCCUGAGAACCAGCAUUUGGCAGUUCCCGAGGCAAUCGACUUUGUGGACAAAUUGUUGCGAUACGACCACCAAGAGAGACCAACUGCGAAAGAAGCUAUGGCACAUCCGUAUUUCUACCCAAUUCGAAAUGCGGAAAGCAGUAGAGGUCGAUCUUAG